AGAUGGCACUGAGUGCAUUGUUUUGUUGGGUGUUCAUAGAAAACUUUGGCUUUUUUCUUGGUGUUUUUUCUGGAAAAUAAAAGAGUUUUGCAAUGGAUCUGCAGGAACUUGAUAAGGAGGCUAAGGAGCUAGCUAUAAGGAAUGUGAAGAACAUGCUCCAGCGCUCGGGGCAGCUUGAGAAAGUUGAUCAGUAUCGCAAUAGGAUAUCAAGGAAGAAGGCUUCUGUGGAGUCGCAGCUGAAGACUGCAAUGCAGAACCAGUUGGAUGGUGUGAGAGUUGGACUGAAGCAACUAGAGUCAUGUCUAGCCAAUAUUGAAGAUAUCAAAGUCAGGAUGAAGGAAGUUGAGGAUCUUCUGUCUACAGUCCCAGAGAUCAAUGAUGCCUUGGAUCCUGUACGUGAUGAGAAUACCAAACAUUCCCAGUACGCAACAGCCAUGGAGAAUCUUAAGCAUAUCUUCACUGUGCAAUCGAGUGUCUCAAAGACUAUGCAGUGGAUUGAAGAGGAUAAAUUGCUCCAUGCUCACCAGUGUCUGUCUGAUUUGGAGAACUCCCGGGAUGACCUGUUGUUUGAGCUGCACAAACUUCCAAAGCAGUAUGUGCAUGAUAAGAUAACGCUGAAGAGGUAUUUUGAGAAGGUGGAGACUGUUUCCCAGGAGCUGGAACGGAAGAUUCGCUUGAUACUCAAUAGGGCACUAAAUACUGUCCGGAAGGAGCCGACGGUGAUAGUGACAGCACUGAGGAUAAUAGAGCGUGAAGAGAAGAGUGAUCAGUUUGCCAUUGCGCAGCAGAAGCAGACGGGCUUUAUGCCUCCGGGAAGACCCAAACAAUGGCGGAAAAUGGCAAUGGAAGUGCUCAAUAAAUCGGUGGUUCAGAGAAUUGAAGGAUCGAUGCUGGAAGAGCGAACGGACAAUAAGCUGUGGCUAGUGAGAAAUUUAGAAAUUACUCGGCAAUUCAUGCAGGAAGAUCUCAGAGUAGUGAAAUCUCUCUGUGUUCCUUGCUUCCCGCCUCACUACGAUAUUUUCAAUGAGUACGUAAAAAUGUACCAUUCGGCCUUGUCGAAAUCCUUGGAGGAGAUUGUAAUGCAAGGUUUAGAGGGAAAUGAGUACGUAUCGAUUUUGUCUUGGAUCACAAACACCUAUACUGGAGCUGAAUUGAUGGCUCAUCCGGAACUCCGUGUAGACUUGUCCAUAGUUGGACCACUGAUAAAACCUGAGCUCCUGAAGCAAAUGGAGACGGAAUAUCUGAAAACCAUGGAGAGAAAUUAUGAGGAAUGGAUGACAAAGACACUGGAGACUGAAAAGCAGGAUUGGCAGAAUGGAUCACCGCCAGAUGAGGAGGAUCAAGAGAAAUAUUAUCAUACUUCAGCUCCUGUUAUUAUAUUCCAGAUGAUUGAUCAAAAUCUCCAAGUGACCAAUACCAUUCAUGCUGAAUUGACCUUCAAUGCCUUGGUUCUAAGUGUCCAGCAAGUUGUGAUCUACGGAAGGAAAUACCGUGUGGGAAUAUUUGAGUUCAAGGAGGCACAUUUCCGGGACAGAAGUCGAGCUCCCUAUUUCACUCAGCACAUGAUUACCAUUGUUAACAAUUGUCAGCAGAUGAUUGAACUGGCGCAUCAAAUGAAGCAGCUGUACUGGCCAAAAUCUCGCACAGAUCGCUAUGAACACUUUGAGGAACUCACGAGUACGUUCCAGCAACUACGCGAUGAAGCAGCAUCAUUUCUGCUAGAGGAAGCUUUCUUGGACCUCGAAGUGCACUUCAAUGAACUCUUCACUGCGAAAUGGACAGGAUCCAAUGUCACUGUGGAAACCAUCUGUGCCACUUUAGCUGACUACUUCAAUGACUACAACCAUCUCAGAGUCAUCAAUUUUGAAUAUGUCAUCCAGGAAGCUCAGAAGAUUGUCGUAAAGCGCUAUCUCCGGGCUAUGCUGUCCAAGAGGAUCAGCAAACCACGUCAGGAAUGCCAUGUCCUGGCCAAGAAAAUCAACGAGGAAACCAAUCAACUCCGGGCUCUUUUUGACGAGACAGGAUGUGGUGCCAAGGGUUCAGACUCUCCCAUCAAAAUCAUUUCAACUCUGGCCAAUCUGUUAACUUGCGAUUUUGAGAUGCUAGUACUGGAUCUGCAUACACUCUUUGCCAAUUAUCCGUCAAUCAGUGAGGAUCAACUUAUGCGCCUCUUCUACAUUCGCAAUGACAUCAAGGCUACGGAAGUGAAGGAAAAAAUUCAGGAUGCAAUGCGAUCCAGGAAAAAUACGGUAAGUCAUGACAAGCAAGAUAGUAUUUUCAAAGAGAUCGUCUUCUCAGACAGAUUAUGGUAAUUUUUAUGCAAAGUAUAUCACAAAAUAUAAUAAGGAAUAUUAAAAAUAUAUAUAUCUAAAGUUAAGAAAA